AUGGCCGGUGGUCCAGUGAAAACCAAGAUCCUGGAACUCACGGAACUGAACCCGUUCACCCCACAAGGCCGGAUAGUCGGUGGCGAGCCCGCGUCCAUCGAGAACCACCCGUGGCAGGUGUCGCUUCAGAGCUACGGCUUCCACUUUUGCGGGGGCAGCAUCAUCUCCGAGACCACCAUCCUAACGGCCGGCCACUGCACCACUAGCUACCCGGCCGGCUCAAUGACGGUGCGCCUAGCCAGCGACCGCACCUCCAACGGCGGGACCCUCCACAAGGUCCAGCAGGUCGUGCGCCACGAGAAGUUCCGCACCAACAUGUACGGCAUCCCCGAGAACGACAUCGCCAUCCUUAAGCUGGAGACGCCCAUACAGCUGAGCGACAAGGCCCAACCGAUCCAGCUGUUCCACCAGGACGAGGAGUCCCCAGAGGGCGUCGCGGGUACCCUGUCCGGUUGGGGUGCACUGCGCGAGGGUGGCAGUGCUCCUGAUGUCCUGCACACGGUGGACGUUCCCAUGAUAUCCAAGUCGGUGUGCAACGAGGCGUACUCGAGCUUCGGUGGGAUCCCGCGGGGGCAGAUUUGCGCCGCUAACCCAGCGGGUGGCAAGGACACCUGUCAGGGCGACUCGGGUGGUCCACUUGUGAUUGGGGGUCGCCAAGCUGGAAUCGUCUCUUGGGGCAACGGCUGCGCGAGGAGGGGCUGGCCGGGGGUUUACACCGAGGUCGCUGCCCUGCGCGAAUGGCUGUCCAAGAACGCUGGAGUUUGA